CUCCCUCAGUCACCUGCCGCGUACUGUCCGAGUCGCGCGUUCACACGAUGAAAGGCACACUAACGAACGAUUCGAUCGAAUCAAAAAUUUAACCGCGAAAUUGUGAGGUGCAAGUGAUUUGUGACAUUUCUUUUCGAGGUCUCGAUUUUUCUUAAAUAAUGUCCAGUUGUCAAAACUAAAUAAGUCAUAGUACCUAUAUCAUAACAUAUUCCUGAAUAAUAAAGUCGAAAACUUUUAAAUAAAAUAUUUUGAGAUAUUUGAUUAAACAUCGUGACCUCCAAAAGGAAUAGUUAAAGGAAAAUGAAAGAAAGCAUUCAUAAUUGAUUCAAAGACUGAGAAUGACAUCUUCGAGAGGCAUAAGUGACUGAUGACGUAGUAGUGAUUGUGAGUGAAAACACCAUCGAUUUUAAAAUGUGCAGCAAGGACCAGAUAAGUCAUAUACUCGGAAAGAUCAAUGUGGGUCUCCCAUCUUGGUCGCGCGGUCUGGAGGCAGCGGAGGCGGCGCGCGCGCGCCUUGUGCGCUGGGCGUGCGGCGACGCGCCCCCCGAACCGGACCCGCCGCGGAAGAAGAUGCCUCAUGCACUGCGCCGCCGGUGGCCAAUGUGCCCCUGCUUACAAAAUGAUGAGCCACCCGAGAUCACGUACUGUGUGGUGGGCGGCGAGGGAGGCCUGGCGCUGCAGGCGGUCACCCCCACGCAUCCCAUGCCACCGCAAGAUGAACUUGAUGCGAAAUUCGCAGAAUUGGUGGAAGAGCUGGAUUUAACAGCAGUCAAUAAAGCGGCGAUGAUGGAACUGCCGGCUGCGAAAAAGUGGCAGAUCUACUGCAGUCGACGGCCACCACCUGGACAAGCGCCCCCUCUAGCGACAGCGCCGCAAGUCGAAGACUACAUCAAGGCUCUUAAUGAAAUUGCUGAUGCCUUUUCAUCAUCAGAAGGCGUUACACCUACCGAAGCGUGUGCAUUAGUCGAUGGUUUGAAGACCGCGCUGCGGACGCGAGCGCACAGUUUCGUCCUGCGUUUCAUCAAGCAGGGCGGUCUUGCUGCUUUGUUGGAAGCGCUGCAAAGAGCCCCACGAGAUGACGCCACCACAAGACACAACCUUAUUGCUGGUAUUAAAGCACUUAUGAACAACUCGACGGGUCGAGCUCACGUCCUAGCGCAUCCUACGAGUAUCGAUCUGAUCGCGCAGUCGAUGGACACAGAGAAUGUUAAGACCAAAGUAGCUGCGUUAGAAAUUUUGGGAGCAGUUUGUCUCGUGCCCGGAGGACAUAAGAAGGUCUUGGAAGCAAUGAUCCACUACCAGAAAUAUGCGGGAGAACGUGCUCGCUUCCAGGGCAUUAUGAACGAGUUAGACCGUAGUACGGGCGCGUAUCGCGAUGACUUAGGUCUCAAGACCGCUAUUAUGUCCUUCGUCAACGCGGUACUUAAUUACGGCCCCGGGGAAGAAAGCUUAGAAUUCAGGCUACACUUGAGAUAUGAGCUGCUCAUGUUGGGAAUACAGCCAGUAAUAGAGAAACUUCGAAAAUACGAAAACGAGACCCUCGAUAGGCACAUCGAAUUCUUCGAAAUGGUACGAAAUGAGGACGAGAGGGAACUCGCCAGGAGGUUCGACAAGCAGCACGUCGACACCAAAAGCGCGGCCGCCAUGUUCGAACUGCUGAGGCGGAAGCUCAGCCACACGGCCGCGUAUCCACAUCUACUCUCCAUGCUGGAACAUCUCUUGUUACUACCAUUGGAAUACAACCCACACUCGCAACACUGGUUACUGCUGGACCGCGUGGUGCAGCAGGUGAUCCUGCAGCAGCCCGCCGCCGGCAGCCGCGCCAACAGCGACCGCGACAGCGCCUCCGACACGGGCUCCGAACACGUCAAGGUUUACGAUCCGGAUGUCGCUCCUUUAGAGAUAAACGUCGGCGAGAUAGUUCACUUGCUGGCAAAAGAAGAAGAACUCGUCGCUGCUAGGACUAAAGCCGAGAACUUGGAGAGAGAAAACGUCGAUAUGGCCACGGAACUAGCUAAGAAGGAGAAGCAAGUGGACCAGCACACGCAAGAGAAGGAGGAGCUGGAAGGAGUUGUCUCGAGGCUGAAGGAGAGGCUCGAGAGGGAGACGGCUGCUCACAUGGAAUGCACCGAGCGUGCCAGAUCUUCCGCGUGCAGAGCCCACCAGCUGGAACAACAGUUGAAUCAAGAGCGAGCCGAACGAGCGAGAUUCGAAAAACUGGUCAGCGAAGGUAGCAUACCUGAUGAUGCGAAGGUCAGCAAUCUGAAGAGCGCAGUUAUCGAAACCUGCAGUGUGCCACCACCCCCACCUCCACCGUCACUCUGCCCCCCUCCUCCGGCCGCUCCCAUGCCUCCCCCAGCCCCUCUCGCACCCCCGGCCCCUCUCGCUCCUGCACCUCCGAGACCCAAGAAGAACGUUCCCACCCCCGGCAACCCCCUGAAGAGCUUCAACUGGAGCAAGUUGCCGGAUACGAAGCUUCACGGUACGAUCUGGCAGGAACUCGACGAUGCAAAGUUGUACAACGCGAUGGACCUGCACGCGAUCGACAAGAUGUUCUGCGCAUACCAGAAGAAUGGUGUUCAGAACGAAGGAUCCGUUGAAGAUUUGCGUCAGCUGGGUUCCAAGCCACGUACCAAAAUCUUAUCCGUGAUCGACGGUCGUCGUGCGCAAAACUGCACGAUAUUGCUAUCGAAGUUAAAGAUGUCUGACGAGGAGAUUUGUCGAGCAAUCUUGCGAAUGGACAGCGGGGAACAGCUUCCGCUGGACAUGGUGGAACAGCUGCUGAAGUUCACACCGAGUGCAGAAGAAGCCGCUCUGCUGGAGGAACACCAGGACGAGCUCGAUAGCAUGGCGCGAGCUGAUCGCUUCCUCUACGAGAUCUCCAAGAUCCCGCACUACUCGCAGCGGGUGCGCACGCUGCUGUUCAAGAAGAAGUUCUCGGGCGCCGUGGGCGAGGCGAGCAGCCGCGCCGCCGUGGUGCUGCGCGCCGCGCGCGACAUGACGCGCUCGCGCCGCCUGCGCGCGCUGCUCGAGAUCGUGCUCGCGCUCGGCAACUACAUGAACCGUGGCGCUCGAGGAAAUGCUUCGGGCUUCCGACUAUCAUCUCUAGGAAAACUAGCAGACACCAAGUCCAGCGUUUCGCGGAACACAACGCUGUUGCAUUAUCUCGUCGAACUGUUGGAGACGCAGUUCAAAGAAGUCCUUCUACUCGAAGAAGAUCUACCGCACGUAAGGGCAGCCGCUAAAGUGUGCGUCGACCAGCUAGAGAAGGACGUCGGUGCCUUACGCAAUGGUCUACGCGAGGUCUCCAGGGAAUUGGACUACCACGCGACUUUACCAGCUCCAGCACAACCGAAUGACACCUUCGUUCCAGUCAUGAGGGAGUUCCAUGCCCAUGCUGUAUGCUCCUUCACCCAGUUAGAGGACUUGUUCCAGGAUAUGAAGAGUCGUCUGGAAGCUUGCGCUCAUGCCUUCGGCGAGGAACCCAGUGCGUCUCCAGAGCAGCUGUUCGGCGCCUUGGAUGCAUUCCUGACUCAGUUGACGGAGGCCAGGGCCGAGUGUGACGCAGCCAGGAGACGGAGAGACGAGGAGGAGAGACGGACCAGGCACGAACAGGAGCUCAAGAAACGUACUAUGGAAAGGAAACAGGGUUCGAGCCUGCUCAGCUCAGUUGGUAGGUCACUCGGUAAAACCAACGGCACGUCCGAUUGCAACGGCCACUCCGGUGACAACUCCAGAGAUGGCACCCUGACCAAUGGACAGAAAGGAGAAUUCGACGAUCUCAUAUCAGCUCUGAGAACCGGUGACGUAUUCGGCGAUGACGUCGCAAAGAUCAAGAGAUCGAGGAAGGCCGCUAAGGCUGGGUAUAAGGGCAGGGACUCGCCGCCACGAGGAGUCUGCAGAGAAGAUUCCAGAGAACGACAGAAGAAUUGAGCUUAUCCAGAUUUGAUUUAAUGGAAUUUCGAGUGAUCUGUUUCCUGGAAUGUCGGGAACAUUAAAUAUAAGCGUUUUAAGUGAUAUUUCCAGUGUUGGAUGUAGAUUAGAAUAAAAUAAUCGAGUCACAAAUAAACGUGUUGAAUUAGAGAAAUAGUAGGUUGAUUGUGCCAAUAUUUGGUUUGUUUAUGGCAGGACGUCUCAACCAGUGGGGCGUGUCUUAGCCGACGUAAAGGUACAUUAAGGGAGGGGGGUGCUUGCGUAUGGCGUUGGACUUUCGAACGAAAAAUAUAUUUGAAUUAUAAAACUGCGAAGACAAAAUAACAUCUUAAAACGUAUGUUUCAAAAUGUUAUUACUAAAAGCGUGACAACGUGAUAUUUUUUGUCACAUUAAUGUAAAAUGGGGUGUAACAAAAUACGUUUGAAAUCCGGGGAGAGAAGUGAUGCAAAGGUUGAGACUUUCUGCUUUAUCCUUUAUAGUGGUUUCUUUUAUGUGAUCUGUGACAAAUUAUAAAAAGAUCCAUAGACAUUAUUCUAUAUGGUUUACGGGUCUUUUUAUCUAUGAUCAACUUUAUUUAUAAUUUUAUUUAAGUUCAUUAAAUAAUUAAAUAAAGAUUGUUGCUUAGACAAAGUGCUUGUAUAUCAGCAUAUAAUUCUGCGUUUAUAAAUAUACUAGACAAAAAAAAUAGAUAAUAAAAAUUCAAUAUUAUGAAUGUUAGUGACGUAACCAAAAAAAAAAAUAUAAUUAUAUAACCAGCUGUUUUGAUUGAAACAAAUGAUUUUAUGGAACUUAUUUCAAUGGGUAAAAAAAUAUCUAUGAAACUUUAGAAGACUUAUUUAAUUAUUACGGGAUAAAUAAGAAUUGUUUUCAGUAGGAAAUUAUAUAAAUUUAUUCGAGUAAAGCUUAAGACUGCAUGAUAUUCCUUAAUCUAGACGUAUUGUGGAUCCACGUGAUCUUAUUUCAGAUUUCGUACCACGUUGACAAACAAAAUUAAUUUCUAUCAUUUGUUCGAUUUAACAUAUCAGAUUUUGAGUUAUGAUUAAGAAAAAAACAAAUUAUCUAUGGACCAGAUGACAUAGAACCAUAUAUAUGUCAACAAUAACAAUGUUUACGACCAGUUGGUGAUGAUUAUGACCAUUAUGGGAUGGACCUGAAUUAUUAUUAUAUUAUUUAUGAUUUGCAUAAAAACUCAAUACUGAAUUUCAGGGGAACAUUUUAUGCGCUGUUAACGUGCAAAGCGUGUGUCUGCGAAAGCGGCUGUAAGUGAUUGCAAAUGUACUUGUGUUUUAAGUAUACACCCUAUUCCAAUCGAAGGAGGAUUAAAGAACAAAUCUUAGAUUAACGUAUUAAAUGCUAUUCGCUAAUACCUCUGAUAUAAUUCCAGGAUUUCGAUAUUUUAGACGCCAUGUUUUAACGAAUACAUUAUGAAAAUCAUAGAUAAUCCAAUAUCUCGACCAAUGAUAUCGCGUUAAUUCAAUGUCAACGGUUUUUUUAUUUGUCUUUACUCUUAUUUGGAAUUGGAAUAGGCUACGUAUGUCUCGUGCUUCGUUUUGGGUUUUAUUUGAUGCAUUGCAUUUACACGCCCAUAGUUUAGGAUAUGCACAUAUUAUUUAUACGAAAUUGACCGAUUUUUUGAAGACGUUGAUAAAUUUAGCCCGUAAUUGAACUCUUGGUUGUUCUUCGGGUGCAAUGUGGGGUAGAGGAAGCUUUUGAAUGUGGAAUUAUUGGAAUUGUCAAAACUCGCAGACGAAUCGUAGAAUAGGAAUUGAUUGUCUAUGCCUAAGUGUACGGCGUAAAUUUUGAACAUUUAUUACGUAUAGUAUAAUCUUAUGCCAUAUUUGGAAUUUUCGAGAAAUUUACAAUUUGUAAUUUUACAUAUUUCUUAUAUUUCGAUCUGAUUUCGUGAUUAAUAUAUUAUGUAUAUUGUUUUAAUACAACUUAUUAAAAAAAAGUUUUAAUUUAUGUGACGAUUUAUAAUAGUUGAUGUAAAUAUUAAUUUUACUUUGAUGCAAUCUGUUACCGUAAUGAGAUGGAUUUUUUUU